AAGCAAGCCUUGGUUUUUGUAAACGGUAAGAGCGUAAGAGUUCUGCAGCGCGAUGACCGUUAUGGAAUAUUACGGCCACAUGGUUCUGAAAGGCGAUUAUAUAAUGUGAUUGAAAAGCUGGAGAAGGAGACCUUAUCCACAAUUUUUGGGGCAGAAUAUUGA